AUGACAGCCAUUACAUUAGAAUUUUUACAGGAGUUAUUGAAACAAGAUUGUCCAGAUGUUACUAUUGAAGAAUUUGAGGGCGCCCCGGGGUCGAAACGUGGAGACAACUAUACAUCUAUGGUGUACCGUAUAACACUUAAAGGUUACAAAAAACUCUCGAAUGAAACCGAGCCAUGGUCAGGCUCUAUAAUUUACAAAUGCCUUCCUGAAAGUAUGUUGCGCCGAAACACAUUUAAAAGCGACGAACUAUUUUGUAAUGAAGUUGCAUUUUAUACAAAAAUCUGGCCAGCUCUGUCUUCUUUUCAAGACCAGUGGAACUUGGAUCAACCUUUCAAAAGUAUCCCUAAAUGUUACCUUGCGCAGAAUGAUCUGGUUAUUCUAAAAGAUUUAAAGGAGAUGGAUUUCGUGAUGCCCGAUAGGAAGCAAGGUUUGACGGUGGACCAGUGUUACUAUGUGUUGAAAAAUUUAGCACAAUUUCAUUCUCUUUCAUUGGCUAUGAAAUGUUACAAUCCAGAAGGAUUUUACGAUUUGCUAAAUAUUCAGGACGGAAUAACUGAAGUGUUUUUUGUUACGGAAAAUGAGGAAUAUUACAGAAGUUAUUACACUGAAGCUACGAAAAAUGCAAUUUUCAUGGUAGAGCAGGAGUUGAGAGACUCUUCUGAUAGAGAUAAAUACUUGACAAAGCUCAAGGACUUCUGCAAUGAGGAUACCUUUUUUCAAACAAUGGUUGAUAUGGUAUCUCCGAAGGAACCGUUAGCUGUAAUAUGCCAUGGUGACUGCUGGACUAAUAACUUGCUGUUUCGUUACAAAGAUGGGCAAAUUGCUGAUAUGUACAUAGUGGACUUUCAACUGGCCCGCUAUGCAUCGCCAGCCUUAGACUUGUGUUAUUUAAUUUAUCUAUGCCUCGAUCGCCAACAACGAGCUGAUCAUCUGACGUCGUUACUAGAAUACUACACAGAUGAACUGUAUGAACGAGUGGUGUCAAUGAGUGGCGCUGCUGCAUUUGACAGAGAUACCCUAUCAACCAUGAUUCAAGAAGAGUUUCGUCUUAGUAGUCGCUUUGGCCUUGGGACAGCCUUAGACAUGUACCCAAUCAUGACAUGUGAUAGUAAUGAAGCACCUAAUGUGUAUCAAGCAAAGGAAAGUGAAGCAACUCAAUCUGAAGAAAGUGUUAAGCCCGUUCAUACCUCCAACGAAGUAUGCCGAAAGAAAAUGACAGACUUAGUAAUAGAAUUGGUUGACCAGGGAUUGUUAUGA